GAGCAGCAGUGACUCCACCCAGAGACAGCUCGGGAGGGGAGGGAGGGGAGGAGGCCAUGAGCUUGUCCGGUUCUCAUACUGAGGACCACGCCUCGGAGCCAUGAUUCGCCGCCUGUGCUCAGCGACUUUCCGGCUCUUCACUGCUGCCUCUCAGAAGACUGUCGCGCUGGUUUUACUGGAACAGCACCCUUCUCUGCCGUCACCUGAAAGGCGGCAUCACUGUCCACAUAGCCCUACUAAGAUUUACAGUAAGACAGAGAAACCAUGUCUGCUCUCUGAGUACACCGAGAACUACCCUGUCUACUAUUCCUACCUGCCCAGAGAGUCCUUCAAGCCCAGGCGGGAGUACCAGAGAGGGUCCGUGCCGAUGGAAGGCCUGACCACGUCAAGGAGGGAUUUCGGGCCUCACAGAGCGGUGCCAGUGAAAGUCCACCAGCCCGAGCCGUUCGUCCCCAGUGAAGAGAACAUGGACUUGCUCACGACGUAUAAGCAAGAUUACAACCCCUAUCCUGCCUGCCGAGUGGGCCCCAUCAGGCCUCGGGACAGUAAAUACCCCUGCCGUGACAAGAUGGAGUGUCUGCCCUCGUACAAAGCUGAUUAUAUACCUUGGAGCCAGCCAAGACAAGAGCUUCUCCGUCCGCCACACAACUACUGGCCAGCAUCCACCGAGUUUGACAGCCAAACCACGCACCAGGAUGACUACCCCCUGAAGGGCCUUGUGAGCACCAGGAGCUGUAAACCCGUGGCCAUGCCCAAGCUCUGCGACGUCCCCCUGGAGGUUCUGACUAACUACAAGAUGAGCUACCUACCUCACCCCGCGGAGAAGCGCUUCGUGCACCAGGCAGAGAAGUUUAGACCCUGCGACAUCCCUUUCGAGAGCCUCACCACUCACAAAGAGUCCUACCGGGGCUUGGCCGGGGAGCCUGCCAAGAGCCUGAGGCCUCCAGCCAGGCCCCCUGGGCUGGGCGCGCCUUUCUGUUGCACCACGGAGUUUCGAGAGAAGUACCAAGUGUGGCCCACGCCCCAGGUGCUCUCCAGAGCCCCCGUCACCUACGUCCCUCCGGAAGAGAAGAUGGACUUUCUGACCACCGUUCAGGCCCACUACGCUUACCCUAGGGGGAGCCCCGCGAAGCCCUGCCGCCCGGUGCUCCCGAUCAAGAGGAGCGGCUGCUUUGAGGGCUCCACCACCACCAGGGAAGACUACAGGCAGUGGGCGGGCACUCGGACGCAGCCGGCCAAGCCCGUCCCGCAGCUGAGCUGCCCCACCGAGCCCCUGGACUGCCUGACCACCGCACAGGCCCAUUUCGUGCCGCACCCACCUGUGAGCACCGAGAGCUGUAAGCCUGUGUGGUCCAGGCCCCGAAGAAACAUUCCCCUGGAGGGCCAGACCACCUACACCGUCAGCUUCACCCCCAAGGAGAUGGGCAGGUGCCCCGCUUCAUACCCGGAGCCCCCCGGCUACACCUUUGAGCAGGUGGACGCUCUGGGGCACAGGAUAUACCGGCCAGCCUCCCAGACGGGCUCUGGGCAGGCCAGCCGUCUUUCUGCUGGCGACGCAGAAAACCCCAGCCAGAGCGAGUUGGCAGUAUCAGCCUGACUUUAGAAAUUGUUAUUUAGAAGUUGCACAAUACUUUUGAAAGCAAAUGAUGGAGCAUUAUUCCUUGGACAAAAGAAGACUUCCCCCAAAUGAGGAAAAACAACUUCAGCACCAAUUGCAGGACACUCGAAUAAAAUGCACAUCACUCGAGUCAAGGACAGUGAUAUUUAAUAACGGCUGAUUCCCCCACGCUCAGGUCCCCUACCUUGUGCUCAUGGAACCCAGUUGGUCUCAUAGUGGUUUUCUCUGCAUUUUAUUAAUUUAAUUAUUGUAUGAAUGGACGCAAUGAUUAACCCUUGCCAAGUACAGAGUGCCAAAGAAUAGAUCUACCCUGGGGAGUCACAUCUGCCGGGCUGUGUCUCAUGUGCUGUUCACACUGAGAGCGGUCUGCCGCUUGGGACUUUGGAGAGAUUUCACGCUAACCUCUGUCAUGUUGCCCUGAUGCCCAUGGGUUCCUUAGCCUGGUCUGGGGCUUGGUUUAGGAUCUUUCCCAGGGCUUCCCGGGUGACACACCCACAAGAACGGCUGUCUGAUGGGAUGUGGCCUCUGUAGCUGUGAAGGAAGAGGGCCCAGGGCUGCGUGGAUCUGGGGUAGAAGGGAGCCAGGGCAGAGCCAGGCUGCAGUCUGCAGUGGCCGGGGCUGUGAGCCAGAGGACUUCGCUGUUGCAAAUGCUCUGAGCCUGGAGCAGGCUGCUGCAGGCUGUGCCAUUUCUGGGCUUGCUUGUUCCACAUGACAGCUGUGACCAGACCUGUGGCAGAGUUGGCUGGUGAUGGGCUAGACCCUCCCCGGAGAUGUCUCUCUUGGCUCUAAGGUGUUACAAGUUUGACUUCUGAGGCCGAGUAUUUUGGAGGUGUAUUUUUUUCAAAACUGGGCAGGAUUAGGAAAGACUCUGCUCAGGGGUCCUGCCGAGGUCAGAUGGCACAUGGGCCUGGGUGAGCCUCACAUAUCCUGGAGGGGCUCUGGGUCCACAGAACCCUGAUACACCGUAGGGGCCUGGGAACAGGGCUGAGGAGAUAAGUAGAUUUCAGCCCACGUUUAGAGACAAGCUCACUCUUAGGACCUGGUUCUGGAGCUAGGAACCUGUGUCUCUGUACCCAGGGCUCAAACUUGCCAUGGCUCUCACCUGCCCGACCCAGAGUUUGCAAGGCCCUACCCUUGCCUUCACCGUGGGUGGGAUCUACAUCCGGUCCUCUCACUGGUUGUAUGGGUCUCCAUUCCUGAUCUGUGCUGUGAAAUGACUGAGCGGCAAACGCCUUGUGGGAGGCUGGACGGCUCAGACAGCAGAGCCGGAACUGAAGCGCAGGGUGCUGACCCCAGAUCCGCUGCUUUUCCACAGUGCAGAUGCCUCCUGCCCGUGCGUCUCAUCUCUUGGCUCCAUGGAGGUUAUCAAGCCACGCAUCUGAGCACACUGGACUCUACCAACUGAGCCAGUGGAGAGCACUGAGAAAGUUAACGCGCUCAGGAGGAGGCCGCGAUCCUCCCACGGAGGUCACGAAGAGCGUCCCAUUCUGCUUAUGUUUCAAAGGGACUUCCUGAUAGGACUCCAAUUCACAGGAAAUAAUAUCAAGAAUUAGCAAAUGGAUUACAUAAAAAAAUAACUGCACAACAAAGGAAAUGAUCAACAGAGUGAAGAGAAAAAUUUUUCCCAGAUACUCUUCUGAUUUGGGGCAGGUCUUCCAGAACUGGACUUCACCCUGGGAGCAGGAUGUGCUGUCAUUGCUGCAGGCCGUGUCUGCCUCUCCAGUGGGCCGUGAGCUCCCUGAAGGCAACGGGUUUGUGAUUUUGGCUGGAAAAACUGCCACAGGUUCUACUUGAGUUCUUCCCACCAUUUGAGCCCCCUUGGAACUUGGCUGCGGUGUCUCUGGCUUUUCCUCGUGCAGUGGGGAUGCUGUAGGACACUGUUUGCUGGCUCUGGGUGCCCUGCACUGUCUCACCUGAGUUGCUGUGUGGACACGAACCAGGCCGGGGAUGGCCUGCCCUUCAACUACAACCUGUUGAUGAAGAACCCUACAAGAGCCUGUUUUUGUGGUGAGGAAGAAAGAGACCCUCCCUAAUCAGCCAUUGCUCACCUAGAAGAGGCAG